GAUUUAUGCCCCAAAACCCAGUCGCCUGGGAUUCUCUUCUAGGCUGAAACCCGAAUUUGGACCGGUUAUCAGUCACUUAGCCUGAACUUCGCUAAAAACCCCAAAAAACCCAACAGAUCGCUGAAAAUGGCGAAUAAGUGCAGCUGCGGUGUGGAGGUUCUUGGCGGGGAAAACAGAAGUGUUUUCUGCGAGGGUCCCUUGCUGGAUGCUGUCCAGAGAUCGAAAAUGUUUCCCGACUGUAAGCACUUUGUGGAUAUGAGCUGCAUUUUUACACCUGCCCAAACUUUGAACGACUUCGAUAUGUUCACCAAUUGCUGCAGGAACGAUGGUUCCCUAAGGUUCCUGCAAAUGUUUGUGGAGAAACACUUCAAUGAUCCUGGCUCGGAGCUGGAACAUUGGACUCCGCCGGAUUGGAAAGAGGAGCCCUCGUUUCUUGCCAAGAUCGGUGACCCGGAAAUAAAGCAGUUCGGUUCGGAUGUCAAUGGACUUUGGAGGGAGUUGGGGCGGCGGAUUAAGGAAGAAGUCAAGGAGAACCCCGAUCAGUAUUCCAUACUCUAUGUGCCCAAUCCAUUUAUUGUUCCCUCCUCGGAUUGCCGGGAGUAUCGCUACUGGGAAUCAUUUUGGAUCGUUCGCGGCUUGCUGCAGUGUGGCAUGCAUCAAACAGCCCGGGGCAUGAUCGAUAACUAUUUGGAACUGGUUCGGCAGUAUGGUUUUGUGCCUGGCUGCGGCAGGAUUUACUGCGCGGGACGAUCGAAUCCUCCACUUUUGAUCAUGAUGGUGAAGGCCUAUGUAGAGGUGACCAAGGACGAGCAGUACGCCAUUGAAGCGCUGCCGCUACUAGAAACCGAGUACGAGACCUUCAUCACCAAGCACUCGGUGCAGGUGAAGGGCAGAACCAUGUACCAGUAUAGGGAUUUCUCGGCAGGACCCAGACCCGAGGCCUAUAGAGAGGAUCUGGAGUGUGUGGCGAACAUCAGAAGUCCUCUGUCCCGGGAGGUUAUGUACACCGAACUCAAGUCGGCAGCUGAAUCGGGCACGAACUUCAGUUCCCGCUGGUUUGUUACCGCCGAUGGUACCAACAAAGGAUCCUUUCGAGACACCAAAACCUCUGCCAUUGUGCCGGUGGAGCUGAACUGCAUCGUUUUCCGGAGCGGCAAGAUCCUGGCCGAAUUCAAUCGCAAAGCGGGCAAUAGCAAAAAGGCAGACGAGUACCAGGAUAGAGCCUGUGGCCUCGUGAGAGCCAUUAGGAACAAUUUGUGGAACGCCCAGGCCGGCAUUUGGUUGGACUACGAUCUGGUGAACAACAAGCCCCGCAACUACUUCUGCUGCACCAACUUUGCCCCACUGUGGGCCAGGGCCUUUCCCUUGGUGGACACCGAUAAGGUGUCCAAGGGGGUGAUGCAGUACAUCAAGGCCAACGAGUUGGAUGCGCAGUACGGUGGUGUGCCGUACACGAUGAACAAGGAGUCGGGCCAGGACUGGGACCAUCCAAAUGUCUUUCCGCCCAUGAUGUUCCUGAUCAUCGAGGGUCUGGAGAAUCUGGGCACUCCGCCGGCCAAGGCCAUGUCCAAGCGAUGGGCCCAUCGAUGGCUCAAGUCCAACUAUGCGGCAUAUAAGUACGAGAGCUUCAUGUUCGAGAAGUACUACUGCGAGGAAUUCGGCACUUCUGGAGGAGUCUCCCCAGAACACACUCCAGUGGGUUACGGCUGGACAAACGGCGUGAUCAUCGAGUUCCUCUGCAAGUACGGAAAGGAAAUAAGCUUGGCCGACGACAGCGACGAGGGCAGCAAGAGCAAAUCAAGAGGACCAAAGACAGCCGGAAAGUACCAGUACAUCAUUACCAGUGAGGCCAACAUGGAUGAUCAGUCUACCAAGAAACAGUGCGUAUGUGGGGCUCCAUCCACGGUGGGCUCCACAUCGCACAAAUCAACCGCCACAACUGCCACCAGCGACUUUAGUCAGCAGACACUGCCGCAGCAGAAGAAUAAGUGCUCCUGCAGCAUUGCCCAAAAGGAACGCUCACAGACGCAGCCAGGAGAGGAUGGCAAGUGCUCGUGUGGUUCAGGAGCCCAGGAGAAGUCCCAGCAGCAAUUGCAAGCCAAGGAUGCGACGAGUUGUGCCAUAUGUGGUUCCCAGAAACAGCAGCCAUCGCCAGUUCAAAUGCAGGGAUCUCGACAAGGACAUGACGACCAGUGUCCCUGCUCUGGAAAAGAAGCACAGCAACAGCAGGGAGCCUUGGGACUGCAGCACAAUCCAGAUUGUCCGCAAUCUGGACAACAGCAAAAAGGAGCGGCACUCAUUGCCGUUCAAGGGCAAGUGCCGGAAGACGAUCCCGACUGCGAGUGCUCCAUGGACGACCGACAACGGCAGCAGAUGGAGCAGCAGCAGAGGCAGCAGGACUGCAUGCGGCAGCAGCAGCAGGAGCGCCAGAAGCAGCAGCAACAGCUCCAAUCUGAACAGCCAGCGGCGAGGGACUGCUCCACCAAGCCCGAGACGCAGGACUGCUCCAAGCACCUGAAGCAGUCUAAUGGCACCUGUGGUUGCAUGGACGACGAGGACGAUCGGCACGACGCGCUAACGGGACACUACUUUCCAGUGGCCGAUAAGAACCCAGAUGCCGUCAGUGUGCAGGCGAGCCAGUCCCCACAAAGGGAGUCCGGAUGCGACGGCUGUGGCAGGGAGGAUUGCCCGGAUCCUCCGCAGGAAGACAAGGGUUCCAGAGCUGCUGCGGAAUGCGCUCAGCCGAAAGCAUCGCAGCAUGCAGCUGCCGAUGAUUGCAGUUGCGCGGUGGGCAAGAUUCAGAGCAAAGCCGCACCAGUCGCACCACCGCCCACCUUUAUAUGCCCACAUUGUGGGGGCGUCACCUCCGAAGCGCACCUGUCCACCUUCACCAUAGGCACCAAUCGACCCUCGGUGCCGCAGGACGACUGUGAGUGCUCCAAGGAAUCCAGAGGCGCAGCGGGUCAGCCACUCCGUGGGCUGGCCAGCAAGGGCAUGCAGAGUGGUCACAGCAAGGUGGUGGCCGGUGGCGCCUCCGAGUGUGCUCCUUGCAAGGCUCACGUGACGGCAGAUUUUCCGCCGGGCCACGGACCAAAGCCCCUGUUCAACAAGCAGUUCCCACUGGCAGAUCCUGUGAGUAAAUUUGACGCGUGUCCUGCGAAUCGAGGACCUGAUGCGACCAGCAGCAAGAAGAAGAAGUGCUGCAACUGCGACGAAAAAGAGGUUGGGGAAUAGAUCUACAUCAUCUAGAGAUCUAUGCCGUAGAAGAACACGCGAAGGCCUUUUGGACUGAAACUAAAUUUUAGUGUGUCAAAUUUGUGGUGCUUUUUCAAGACUCUGCAGCUUGAAGGCUUAAAAUAAAAAGUAUUUUUAAUUGCAGUACAUUUCAAAUAAAACA